UAGCAGCCAUGAGCAACUCUCCUAUAGCUUGCUCUUCUUCAACCUCCGGUUCAUCUUUGUUCACCUGAGCUAACAAUCUCCCUUUCUACUCCGCUAUUGCAGGUUAAACCGAGUUCACCAUGGGUUUGCAAAGGAAGAUCCUGGGAAAGAGAACCAUCCAGCAGGUGCCUGCAGAAGAAGCGGAAGCUGUUAGUAUUCCGCAGCUGGUGGAGCUACGGUCGCUGAAGCUGAAGCGGUCUCACUCCCACGGCAGCGGCGGCGACGACGACGAAGGUCCACGACAGCUUUCACCGCCAUCGGCGGCGAACAGCACUGGAACUGAACGCCACCUGCACUGCCCACCGGCGCCGAAGAAGCCGAGGCUCGUGCUGGGGUGUAGCCUGGACGGAUUCAAGGUGCUGCGAGUCAUGGACCUGCGUUGCUUCCUGCGCUGAGGGCUGAGCCAGUGCCAUCCAUGUAGCUUUUUGAGUUUUGAUUGCAGCAUCAGUUAUAUUUGUCUGUCCAAGUUCCAGAUGUCUGAUCUCAAUAUCUGAUCGUAGUAUGCUCUGUCGAGACUCGCAUAAUUCACCAAUGUAAUGGCGGUCAGUUGCCAGCCAUAUAUAUUUGUCAAUAUCCAUCUGGAUUCGAAUUUAGACUUGCUUAGGUGGCCGUAAUUUUUUUAUCUAAUAAAGAAGUGUGAAUGUCGGUAUUCACAGCUUUA